AGGAAAGGCGAUGGCUAACUGCAAACGUUAAGAGCGGAAUUAAACUGCUGGGAAAUUUGGAGAUGAGCUCAGAAAGCCUUAAGAUGAAUUUAGAAGGGAAUUUGCAGGAGGACCAUUUUUUGUGUCAAGCUCUCCUAGACCAGGGCGUACUAAAGUCUCUGCAAGUGUCUCCUGCUACAACAGUGGAGGAUAUUAACGAGGCUGUGACGUACUUUCUUAAAGCAAUUGAAAUGUCAAAGAAAGAACCAAGUACCCACUCUUUGGUGUUUAAUGCUUCAGUGCUGUACUUUCGGACAGUGCGUCCUCUCCUGCAGCCUGGACGGUGCUCUGAAUUAGUCCCCUCCUUAAAGCAGGUGGUGGAAAGUUUGGAGGAGGUGGGGGACCAGGACCACAGCUGGAGAGCAGAGCUCUCAAUAGAGUUGGUGAAAUGUCUUUUGGAUUCUGGACAAGUGGAGGAUGCUGCAAGUUUUGCUAAAGUCACAGAAACCUUUAUUAAGUCACACAGUGGACAUCUCUAUCCAAGGCUUUAUGCAUUACAGGUCCGACAUAAGCUGGCAGAGGAUGAUUUGCUUCGUGAAGCCAGUGAAGAGUGUACCACCCUCAAAGUCAUUUACAAGAUCAAAGAGAUUAAAAGGUGGAUGGAGGUAAAUGAGAAAACCCCAACAGAGGAUGAAGCUGUGAAGCUAAAGGAGAUUUUCUCUCUUCUUGUGGAUUCUGCUGAACUGACUGGUGCUCCUGUGAAUUCUAGCCAUCCAGAGAGCUCAACACGCAUCCAACUUUGUGACAGGGUUGACUUCCUGCUAGAGUUGGCUUUCCUCUCUUUACAAAUGAAGCAUCGGAAUGUAGCUGCUGACUGUUUGAAACAACUGAAUUUGGCAAGAGAGCUUAAUACUGAGCAAAGCAUCCUAAUGGAAUGUCUCGACUGUGAAAUUAACAUUCUGAAAAGGGAUCCAAAGAUGAAUAACUACUCGAGAGCCAGUGUGGAGGCCCGGCUGAAGGAGAUAGACAAGCUGGAUCAGUUGCUGCAGGCUGCAGUGAGAGAAGACCGCCCCCGGGCUGUGCAGGCUGUGUGUGCUACUCAGUGGAAUUUUUGCCUGCCACUCCUGCAGCACAACCUCAGGAAACGCAUUAAGACGCCUCUCCUAAAAUUGGCCCAAGUUCUGGAAGACAUGCAAAGUAUGUUACUGGAGGUGCGGUGCGGAGUCCAUUCAGAGCUGGCAGUAAUAAUGGAGGAGGAGGGGGAUAUGGAAGCAUCUCGGACCCACCUUCAGAAAGCCAUGAUGUUGGACAACGGGACACAAAAAGAACGUCUAUCAUCAGCUUUUCAGCUCCUUCAGCUCGGAUCACCGCUCCACCAAACACCUGACUGUCCUGAGGGCAAAGCUGCUAUGCUUAUGCAGCAGGUCAGGGACAUUCCGUCCCAACACAGUACAGAGAGGCAUCCUAUUCUGGUGUCUAUCGGCCUCCUUUUAGCUCCUAAUGAUUUUCAAUCACUCAUGGAUGCAGAGAGCACAUCAACAUCCACAGUUCCUAUAGGAAGUACUGGAUCAGAGCUGAUGGCUAGUCUGGCUGCUAAGGCUCAGCAUCAUUCCAUCUGUGUGGAGAGGCUGAAUGGUUACCUGGACAGACAAAGAAAAGAUCAAGAUCAUACAGUAAGGGUUAAGCUUUGGGCAAUGCUAGCAAAGACAGCGAGGAAACAGGAAGUCUGGGAUGUGUGCCGGGCUGCUUGUCGGUUCUGUUUGCUUUAUGAUGAUGGACCAUCAAAGCGAUCAAAGACUAAGGAACAUAAAAGCUCAGGGGAAAAAAGCAGUGCAGAGUCUCAUCAUCCCCGCCGUGGAAACGAAAACUCUGUGCACUCAUUACGUCUUUUUGCAGAAGUCUGCUUCAUCUCGGCUGAGGCCACUGUCCACAAGUUGUUCGAAGAGGGAGUGCAACUUAACAGCCCAGCGGUGCCACCACAGGGAAAGGUUGGGGGUGUUACAGAGGAGGAUCCACACUGGGUUGUUUACAGGGACUGGAUCAGUGCUCUGUCUUCCUACGCCACCUCUGGCUUCUUGCGGGGAGGAGAAAUCGGGGUAGAGAUUGGGGAGUCUUGGCUGGUAGAAAAUGCAGCCGUUUACUUAUGGAACUAUAACCACCACGUACUGACUGCUGGGGAGUACCACUUCCUGCUUCCUACCUUCCAAAAUCUAGUGGAAAUGUUCCAAAGGAUGAAAACUAUUAGGAACCAUACCCUGUAUGUAAUUCUUUGUGAUGCUGUUGCUCGUGGGCUGAUCCAGCCUCUGGUUGCAAGAGAUUGCAGCAAGACCAGUGGUGAAAGCAGAACAGAGAAGGGAAUAAAACCGACUGCCAGCACCUCCAGUGUUCGCUUAGACAAUGCUGCCCUGCAGGAAGUACAAAGAGCAUCAGAGCUGUGUGACUAUGCCCUGAGCACAUCCAGUGGUCACCUCACAGGGGAAACUGUCCCAGUGGCAGUGAGGAAACAAGUAUUAACCACAUGGAUGCAAAUAAAGAAACUCCUCCCUCAACAGUGGAAGAAGGCUCUUUCUACAUCAACGCUGGAAAUAUUCAAGAAGAGUGAGAAUGAUGAAGAUGCGGCGAUGAAUCGUGUGCUGGUUGGGCUGGAAAUGCUUCACAGCAAUAAGAAUCCAGGGCAUAAGAAUUUUUUGGAUCCCAGCCCCUCAGCACUGGCGGACAUGGCGUCUGAGUGCAGCUGGUCCGAUGCUGUGGUGGAGCUGCAGGUGUGGUGCCAGCUGGCUGCCGUCUGUCACAACGUCAACGACCACAGCUUGGUGUUACGCUGCACCCAGACAGCUUUGCAACUGGAGGAGGCUGCAGCAAAGUGUCUCAGUACAACGCCGUGCCUUUUAUAUGGACCCACAGCGGUAAAUGAGAUGCUGAGCAGUGCAGCAUGUUUGAGAGGUCUGAGCCUUGUCUGCAAGUCCAAUGGAAGUCCUGACAGUUACAGGGAAGCUUUGAAUGUGUUUCUGUCCGCUGUCAGCUUUGCAGAGAAAGCUGACAGUCGAGAAUUGUGUGUCACAGCUGCUGGGCAUUUCUGGAACAACUGUCUGCCACUGACACAGAGUCUUCGGGACAGAUGGUGGAUGAAGGAGCACCUGGAGAAGAUUCUUAAUGCCCUCAGUCAUACCAGCAAAAAUAAUAAACACAACAAAAAGAGAGGAUUGGUGACCUUCAGCGAAAUGCCUCAUGAGACUCCUAAAAAUGAAGCAACAAAUGAUGACAAAGAACUCUGUUUGAGGGCAGCAAUUACUGGUUUGUUGGUCUGCAUCCAAAACGACAAAGAAGAAUAUGCAUGUUCUCUGCAGCUGCUGGACAAGACAUUAAGGGAAAUGCCUGGUACCAAGCACCGGCUACCUCUUCUUGAAUAUCGCAUACUGCAAAAAGCGCGCCUGGGAGAAAGCAUAGAGCAUGACAUACAGAUGUUAUCAGAUGAAAAUGGACAGUGCUGUUCACUGAUGUGGCACAAGGCGGCGCUGUUUGCGAUCACUUUAAACCAACAGCUAACCUGCUACCAGAAAGCUUUCACUACUCUAAUGAGCACAGAGUCUCAGUGGCAGAAGGUUGAGUUUUUGCUUGAAUUUGGAGAAUGGUUGUACUGUCACAACUUCCCCACAUCUGAAGCCCAAAAUCAAGUUCAGUUGGCCAUAGACAUCCUACACUUGGGACCUGAACAAGCGUCAGAACCAGAUGACAGGAAUUUAAAGACAGAGACAUAUGAGGACAUACUUGGAGUCCAUGGACAAUUCACAAAAAACCUGUCCAGUCUGAAGGAGGUGUGUAGACUGGACCAAUUAGUAGGUGCACACACUUUGCUCGCCAUCAUGUCUGACCGGGCCUCAUCUCAGCAUCAGCACAACCUGCUUCUGGCAUUCACCUUUGUUCUUCAGAUAUUGCAGCAGACUAUCCCAUUAAAAAAAGGACAAAGCUGUGCUGUAAUGGAUCAAAGUCUUCCUUCGACCACGAAAGAAUGGGCUGAAUAUAUCUGUCCUGAAGAGGCUAGACAGAUACUCAAAACCACCAGCAGCCCCCAAUGUAUCAACAAACACAGCAUUGUUAAGCCGAAUCAAAGCCUGUUUUUUCUAAGACUGCUGGAAAAAGAACUGCGCUCUCUGUCUCUCGACCAUCUCACUCUGCCCAUACUGCACCUUGCUGAGAUUAUUGCCCACGACUUGCUUGAAAGGCAGAGCCUCUCUGAUCUUUACAGACUAAGAAUUGUGAACACCUGUGCUGAGCUUGGUUUUGACUCCCAUCCGUCAUAUCAGGGGAAGCUUCCAAGUCUGAGUAAAAUUCCAGUACCUGAACAAAUAAAGUGCCACAAAGAUAUGAUGUAUUCUCAGGAGACGGGAAUACUUACCAGAAAGUACAAUCAGAGAGCCAAGCUGGGUGAAGAGAUAUUUUCUGAGCGGCUAAGUGAGGAUGUGAGUUCUCAGAAUAUUUGGCGAGAAAAAGCUGAAGUUUGCCUCAGCUUGGGUCUGUAUCAGUCAGCCAGACAACUUCUAGUAGAGGCCCAAAUGGUGGCAAAGGAAUUUGGAGAUAAGAGUGUGGAAGCAAAGACUUUAAUAAGUCUGGCAGCCAUUGCCUGUGAGGAGCAGAAAUAUGCCACAGCUAUGAUUGUGUUGGAUAAAGCCCAAAUUCUCAAGGGUGACCAUGAUUUCUGGUACCACCUUACUCUCAUAAGGGUCACAGCUGUAGUGGGGCAGCAAGAAGAAGAUUGGCAAACUAAGGUUGGUCAAAUCAUCAAACAAGGAUGUGAGGCUUUGCAACUGAUUGCAGGAUUGCAAGUGAACAGAGCUAUCGAGCUAAGAUUCAUGAUCACUUCUUUGGAAAAGAGAGGUGCAGUUGAAUGUAUUAAAGCCAUUGCUAAAGCUCCACCUGCAGAGGCUUUCAGUACGGAAGAUGUUGAGAGGCUGAUGGCUGCAUGUGAUACACUCAGUGCGUCUGCAGAUGCUCUCACUAAACUGAACUAUGGACAAAAGGCAGCAGAGGCACAUAGAGAUUGUGCAAAUGGUCUAAGGCUUCUAAGCAGCAAGGUCAACGACGUAGAGGAGAAACAUAGAUACCUCAUUGAUGCCGUUUCCCAAAUGCAGCUGGCUGUUUCACUGCAAGAACAUGUGGUACUAAGGGAUCAGAGGCUGUUUGUGUCUCAGGAGAGUUUUGACUCGUCAAUGAAUUCCAUCAGGAAACUUCUGCAGGUGCAACUAGGCUACGCAGAAUUGUGCUUGGAUGUUCUCGAGGAGCAUUGUUCUGAGCAGAAACGCAAAGCUUUAUCCUGUGUAAAGAAGACAUCUGCCGAAAUAGCAGUGGAAGAGUUCACAAGGAGCUCACCACAGCCAGGCUCUACAGAAAUGGAAUGGCAGACCACAGUCAGAACCUUGGGGCAGACAAUUCUGAGCCUGCUGGCGGCGGCCAACUUCCAAACCUUGGACAACAUGGAGAUCAAAGCUCACUGCCUGAGUCUGAUGGAAAAGUACCGGAGGCUGACGGCAGCACAGGAGGAGCUCCUUGGCUCAAACAUAAGCAGCUAAACACCAAAAAUUGUCACUUAUGAAUAACAAAUAAUCAUAUUAGACAUGUACAUGCGGUGCUGUUUGGGCGGAAGCAGUCUUAACACAGGGAAGACUUAUGAUUUUUAAAAAUGUUUAUGCAGUCGCAGGCCUGGUCAGCCUCUGAAGGGGUUCCAACGGCAGAUGAGAAUUUAAAGAUAUUCUAUAUGAUAUAGAAAGAUCUGAUCUAAAUUUUGCCCCAAUUACUAAUAAAACCUCAAAAUGAUUAAAUCCUUGGCUUCAGAGAGAUCUUUCUCUAAGAGAAAGAAUGUUUUUAUCUAAAAUGGAAGGUAUUUCUAGGUUAGGUUAUGCUGCUCUUGCACUAAAUGUUGAUGCCUCUACCUGUUAAUCCAUUGAUAAAAUGCUCUGAAAAUUGAUCUGGAAAAAUAAAAGCCACUACAUCAGAAAUUCUGUUCUAGUAAACCCAGUAAGCUCUGGAGGUCAACAUUUCCAAGACUUCACUUCCUUAAACUAAAUUUAAAAUUAAUUGCAUCAGGAAAUUUCUUUUAAACCCAGAUUCUAUGUGGAAUUAUAUUCCUACCUAUAUUUUCUCUAAACUAGAAGGUCUUCAAGUUCUACCAAAUUGAAUGUAUAAUAUUCUCAAUUGACCUCUGAAACUGACCAAUUAUCACAAACAAAUGCAUUCAGCUUGGUCUCUGAUCUUUAAGCAUUCCUUUUCUCCACACAUGUAUUUCAUUUUUAAUAACUUUGUUAUUCUUAACAAAAACACAUUACUUUUGGGGGGUAAAAAAAUUGUUUGUGAUAGUUAUUGGUAUAGUUGCUAUAGUUAGUCUCACAUCCUUGUUAACUUUUUCCUUGUUUAUAUGAAUAUAUUAUUCUGCUUCUACAAUGUCUGUGCU